UGUCAGAAUCAGAUUUUUUGAUAUAUAUUUUGUCAGUUGUGAGGUUAUAAAAUAACCUGUUUUUAAUGUAUCUUAGUUUCCGUAGUUAAAAAAAAAAUAGAUUUCAAAAUGAUACUCACCAAAGCGAUUACAAGGUUUUUCCACCUAACUAGUUACAAUUCAGCAGCUGAGAAGUCUUUGCUUGCCACACUUCGCAAGAAAACAGGAUACACUUUUGCGAACUGUAAAAAAGCACUGGAUAUGCAUAACAACGAUUUGAAUCAAGCUGAGACUUGGCUGAAACAGCAAGCACAAUCUCUUGGUUGGUCGAAAGCUACAAAACUGGAGGGCAGACAAACCACUCAGGGCCUUGUGGGUGUAGUAGUGAAAGAGAAUGAUGGAGUAUUGGUCGAGGUGAACUGUGAGACUGACUUUGUGGCAAGGAACAGGGAGUUUCAGAAAAUUGUCGAAGAUGCUGCUAGAACUUGUUUAGAUUUUGUCAGAAAUCAUCAGAAGUCACAAGAUAAAAUCACCAAAAUAUGCCUAGAUGCAGAACAACUGAAAAACUUGAAGGCUGCUGAUGGAAAAUUACUGGCUGAUAAGCUUGCCCUGGCCAUUGGUACCCUUGGAGAAAAUGCAACAUUAAAAAGAGCUUUGUGCCUAAAAGCUGGAAAUGGCAUUCAUCUCUCAGCUUAUGCCCACCCAUCAGGAAGUGCUAGUGAUAAAGUCUUACUUGGUAGACUUGGAGGUUUAUUGGCUUAUAAAGCAGCUGAAUCAACUGAAAAUACGAUAGAACUGGGAAAAGGAAUUUGUCAACAUAUAGUUGGAAUGGAUCCCAAGAAAAUUGGAACACCAACUGAUGAACCCGCCAAAAACAAAGAUGAAGAAUCAUGUCUAAUUCACCAGGAAUAUUUGUUAGAUGAUAGCAUUACUGUGAAAGAUAUCCUUGAAGAACAUAAACUGGAAAUUAUAGAUUUCAAGAGAUUUGAAUGUGGAGAGAAUAUGAAUGCCAUAGGAGACCAACCAUUAGAGUAUGUUGAAACUUGUCAAUAGUCUGGAAUGUUUAACCGCUAUUAUUAAUAGAAAAUACAAUUAUGUCAAUAAAUAAUAUGAAAACAUAA